GCCUUCAGUAUUAUGAUUAAAAUUUUUUCCGUUCUGUCUCCUCUCUCCGUUCACCGUUGUUUAUACGUUUGCGUUUGUUUGCUUUUCACCCCGUGGAGUGUGGACCAUAUCUUAAUUCCCUCUACAGCGUAAUAUAUUUAUAUUUAUGUGUGUCUAUAAUAAAAAAAGGCGAACAACAUUUAUAAUUAGUCUAUUAAUUUUUACUUUUACCCAUACAAUUUUGGUAUUUUGACUAUUCAGUUAAUCAUUGGCGUCACAGAAACGUAACGGAAAACCAAAGUUUUCGAACAGAAAAAUGAGCGAAGAAGAACAACUUCCGACCGGAUGGGAGAAGCGAGUGAGCCGAUCUACCGGUCAAACUUAUUAUUUAAACUUAUUAACUAAAGAAAGCCAGUGGUCUGUACCAACAAAACCAGCAUCUGAAAAUACGGCCUCAACAAAUUCUGGUCCUGAACAAGUACAAUGUAGUCAUUUAUUGGUUAAACAUGAAAAAUCACGCCGACCCUCGUCGUGGCGGGAAGAACGUAUUACUAGAUCAAAAUCUGAAGCAAUUGAUAUCAUUAAAUCUUAUCGCGAACAAAUUGUUUCUGGCAAAGCAUCAUUUGCUGAACUUGCCCAGAAAUAUUCAGAUUGUAGUUCGGCCAAACGUGGUGGUGAUUUGGGGCCAUUUACCCGAGGCACAAUGCAAAAGCCAUUCGAAGAUGCAUCAUUUGCAUUAAAAAUUGGAGAACUCAGCGAACCUAUUCAUACUGAUUCUGGUGUACACAUAAUUUUACGUACAGCUUAGAUCAUGAAUAAUUGUUUUCUUUUAUAAUUCAAACUUUUACCUUUUCUAAUUUAUUGUUUAUUUCUGAGACACAAUAAUAUUAUGUAUUGGUUGCCUUAUUUAAUAUUGAUUGCCAUUUAUAAAUAUUUUGUUUUUUUAUUUUCUAUUUUCAACUGCAGUAAUUGUUUUUCCAGUAAAAAUAAUUAUUAUAAUCCAAACAAAAAUUUAGAACAGUUAUAGUAACUAGAUAUUUUUGACAGUUUUUAAAUAUGCUGCUUAUAUUUUUUUAUAUAUAUAUUUUUUUGUUUUUAGAACAAUAUUGUGAUAUUUAAAAUUAAUCUAAACUGUCCGUUUCAUAAUCAGUUAUAUUCCCAUUUGGUAAAUGUUUCAUAUUUUACUCAAAUUUUCUUUGUGCUAUCAUAUAAAUUAACUGUUUUAACUGUAAUACAUUUUUAUAUUACAGUAUGUUAAAUGUCUAUAAUACAUUUUAAAUAUCUUACUUGGUGGUUGUAUACUUUUGACUAUCUAUUAUCAGUCAUGAUUUGUUGCCAUAGUUAUGGUUGCUAAUUUUAUCAAAAAUAUAAUAUUAUUUCACUUUCUUUUUGGCAUACUUGUGGAAUUAUCAUUGUUUUAAAUAUUUUGUUUCGAUAUUAAAUUAAUCAACUCGUCUAUUA